UAGAAAACAAUAUCGACUUCCAGGCUUUUUCAUGUCAUCUCUGUCUUGUCUGGGAGCCUUGCGCUAGUCCCGGAACGUUUACUAUCUCCUCCACUUUCCUGUCGUAAGAAACUAGAGGAAACAACGUCCGUUUCCGGUUGGCUCCAGCUGGAAGGUUGAAUAUUGAGUGUCCUGGGAGGUCACAUUGCUGUCAGCACUUGGGAAGCAGAGGAAGAUGGGUCUCUGUGCUUUCAAGGCCAGCCUGACCUGCAAGUUCCAACACAGAGAAAACUACUUUACUGAUGUCACCAAAUAAUAAUAAAGUAAUGGAUGAAGUGUUUCAUUCAAAGCUACAUGGCUGCUGGACAUGGUCACGAACACGGACAUGGUCAUGGUAAAAUGGAACUUCCAGAUUACAGACAGUGGAAAAUUGAAGGGACGCCAUUAGAAGCAAUGCAGAAGAAGCUUGCUGCACGAGGGCUGAGGGAUCCAUGGGCUCGCAAUGAGGCUUGGAGAUACAUGGGCGGCUUUGCAGACAAUAUCACCUUCACGAGCGUAAUGUUAAAAGGAUUCAAAUGGGGGUUUGCUGCGUUUGUGGUAGCUUUAGGGGCCGAGUAUUUCCUGACUUCCCAUGAGGAUAAGAAGCAUCACUGAAGAGAGCACCUGUGACGUCUUCCAUGAAAAUAAGAUUUCUCUCACCAUAGCAUCCUUGGCUGUGUGUCUGUCCUUGAAAGAAUAUUGUAUGGUUUAAUAAAGCAAGAAAAACUGUG